UCCUCCUCCUCCUCCUCCUCCUCCUCUUCUUCCUCUUCCUCCUCUUCGAGCAACGUCAGAUCGAACGAUCUUCAUCGAUCUUCUCGGUUAAAGUUACGACACGAGAACGAGCUGGAUCAAGAUAUCGAUCAUGGACAUUUUGAAUCGUCCAGUCUGCGAUCGAUCGAUAAUUCGCCCUCGCAAUAUCUUCGUUCAACCGAAUCGAUCGAGCGCAAGGAUUUCAAUGACAUAAGAGCGAUAUCCUUUCAAGUACCAAAGCCAGAAAUGUUUGAAGAGUUAAAUGUCGACGAGAAGGAACGUGAUCGUUCUAUUGAAUCCCUUGUUAAAUCUGUCCGUAACAGUAAUCACGAUAUCGACCCUACCAAAGUCGAGGAUCCAUUAAAAAUGAUCCCAGAAACGAGGAAGGAUCAUCGUUCGAGAUUAAUGAACGAAUUGUUGAUACCUGUUAACGAGAAAUCAACGAAAGCGUUUUACGAGAUCAAACCUUCGGUUAAAACCGAACUCGAAAGGAACAACGACGGUCAUAAUAAUAAUAAUAAUAAUAAUAAUAAUAAUAAUAAUAAUAAUAAUAAUAAUAAUAAGAAUAAUAAUAGUAAUAAUAACGGUAGUAAUCGUCGUCAAUCGAUUAUUACUAGCACGCAAAAGACCUUGUUAGGUGGAAAAUUUAUUCUGCCGAGCGUUGACAGUGCCAUUGGGAAAUUUGGACCUUACUUCGUCGAUGGCGAUCGAGAGAUUAACGUCACUGCAAGGAUCGGUAGCACCGUUGGCCUUGAUUGCAAGAUAGGCUUGCUUGGCGAUAAAAAGGUAACUUGGGUGCAACAAGACAAGGAUUCCUUUCGACUUUUAACCGUUGGCAGGAUCCCGUAUAGCGUCGAUCAAAGGAUCAGUCUUCAUUAUCGGUACCCAAGUAACUGGAGAUUGCAAAUCCUGUAUGCUUCGCCAAGGGACUCAGGACUGUACAAGUGUCAAGUAUCUACUCAUCCACCUCUUGUGAAGAAAAUUAACGUUAUCGUCACGGCACCAACUUUAACGAUAACGGACGAUUCCGGGAGAACAGUCGCGAAGGAGAGACACUUAAAAGCUGGAAGUGCCCUGCGUUUGAGAUGCGAAGCUAGAGACGUAUUAGAAUCUCAAAAUGAAACAGUCGUUUGGACAAGAGGAGACGAAACACUCACUGAUAACGUCAGCGAGAACAGGACAACGGAGAUGACAGAGGGCAAGGAGGUCCUUGUGAUAGUAACAACUCUCAUCGUCGAAAGAGCCAGCCCGAGGCACGCCGGUAACUAUAGUUGCUUGGUGCCUGGAAUAGCCAAGACGACUAUAGCCGUUCACGUUCUCAAUGGCGAAUUACCAGCGGCCGUGCACGAUGGAAACGGUGUAUCACGUGCUGUCCUCAAUCUCUGGCUGAUUCAUUUGACAGUGAGCUACGUAUUCUUCAGAUGACAAUACUAAGAUACGCCUGCCAAUGAAAAGACGAAGAAAAAGGGA